CACUUGCUUCCGGUUUAAUGGUUGAUUAGAAAUGAACUAAAUUGUGAUGGCGGGUUCUGUGCACGAAGGCCCCGAAUUCGGGGUAGGAGACUUUGUUCUCCUUCACGAUGUUACACUUGAUGCUUUUAUGGAUAAUCUAAAAUUACGAUAUGAGAAGAACAGAAUUUACACAUAUAUCGGGGAGGUGGUUGUCUCUGUCAACCCGUACAAGACUAUGGACAUUUACAACACCAGUUAUGUGGAGCAGUAUAGGGGACGGGAGAUAUAUGAGCGGCCACCACACAUUUUUGCACUCGCUGACAGUGCGUACAAGACAAUGAAGAGAAAAGCACGAGAUACGUGCAUUGUUAUAUCAGGUGAGAGUGGAUCAGGGAAGACAGAGGCUUCUAAGAUCAUUAUGAGAUAUAUAGCAGCAGUGACCAAUGUUGGUGGCAGGAAGGAGGUUGAAAGGGUAAAAGAUGUGUUGAUCAAGUCAAACGUAAUCCUGGAAGCAUUUGGAAAUGCUAAGACCAACAGAAAUGAUAACUCUAGUAGAUUUGGUAAAUAUAUGGACAUCAACUUUGACUUCAAAGGAGACCCCAUUGGAGGUCACAUCAACAACUACCUGCUGGAAAAGUCUCGUGUUGUACAUCAGCAGAAAGGGGAAAGAAACUUUCACUCAUUUUAUCAGCUGCUGAGUGGGGCGACCGACCAGAAACUUGCCGAGAUGAAACUAACAAGAGAUCCACACAAAUACUUCUAUAUCAGACAGGGAGGAGAACCAAAGUGUCCAACAAUAAACGACCAAUCUGAUUACAGAAAUGUAAUGAAUGCCAUGAAGACACUGGGAUUUGCAUUUAAACAUGCAGAGACGCUGUGGAAGGUUGUUUCUGCGGUUAUAUUGCUGGGAAAUUUAGAGUACCAUGCCCAGGAUGAUGUACAUGAUUUAUCAGAGGUUUCUGACAAGAAGUUGUUGUCAGAUAUUGGUGGCCUGUUGUCUGUGACAACAGAAAAUAUAGAGAAAGCCUUGACACAUAGGGUGAUAGCUGCAGGAGGAAACGUGGUUGACAAAGGACUCACUGUAUCAGAGGCUUAUUAUGCCAGGGACGCAUUUGCAAAGGCAAUUUACGAUCGAAUGUUUACCUGGAUUGUAACGAGAAUCAAUGAAGCGAUAGAUCCACAUGGAACUGGUGUGGGUUUUGUCGGGAAGAACACUGUGAUUGGUGUGUUAGAUAUCUACGGGUUUGAAAUAUUUGACAACAACAGUUUUGAACAGUUUUGUAUCAACUACUGCAAUGAGAAACUACAGCAGCUGUUUAUAGAGCUUGUGUUGAAGCAAGAACAAGAAGAGUAUAUGAGGGAGGGUAUAGAAUGGCAGCAUGUAGAUUACUUCAACAACAAGGUUAUCUGUGAUCUGGUAGAACAACCACAUAAAGGAAUUCUGGCUAUUCUUGAUGAGGCUUGUCUCAGUGUUGGCAAAGUCACUGAUGAGAUGUUCCUGACUGCAAUGAGUCAGAAAUUGAGUAAAAAUGACCGGUUUACAUGUAGAGCAUUGAACCCAUCGGACAAGACACUGGAACACAAGAUAGAGUUCAGGGUAAAGCACUAUGCUGGGGAUGUGACAUACUCUGUUGUUGGCUUCAUUGACAAAAACAGGGACACCUUGUUCCAGGAUUUCAAGCGCCUUCUUUACAACAGUGAGGACGAGUUGAUCAAAAUGAUGUGGCCUGAGGGAAAGUUGUCGAUCACUGAGACAACCAGAAGACCAAUAACUGCAGGUAGCAACUUCAAGAACUCGAUAAUUGCCCUGGUAGAAAGACUAGCUUCUAAGGAACCACAUUAUGUCCGAUGUAUCAAACCGAAUGAGAUAAAAUCGCCUAGUAAGUUUGAUGACACCAGAUGUCGCCACCAGGUCAUGUACCUCGGUCUCUUGGAAAAUGUUCGUGUACGCAGAGCUGGCUUUGCUUUCCGAUCACAUUACGAGAGAUUCUUGACAAGGUACAAGAUGAUCACCAAGGACACCUGGCCUGUCUUCCACGGUACUGACUACGAUGGAACUAAAAUUAUCAUACAGGCUAUGGGAUUUGCUAAUGACGUGAAGUACGGAAAGUCAAAGAUUUUCAUACGGUCGCCCCAGACAUUAUUUGCCCUGGAGGAGGAGCGUGACAAGUACAUUCCACAUAUUGUACUCUUCAUUCAGAAGAUGUGGCGUGGGGCAAUGCAAGAAGGAAGGAAAAGCGAGCAAAUGGAAAAAGAUGAGGGAUUAGGGGAAGAGCUUAAAUGGCCGCCGCCGCCUAAAGUUCUAACAGAAGGGGGUGGGGGGCAAACUAUAUUGCGUAACUUCCCAGAAAGUGGCCAGGACGCGUUGAAAUGCUCGGGAAAACGACAUUCUCAAAGGCCAGAGGCCAGAGGGGAAAAAACGGAAAUGGGGAAAGGGAAAUUUCCUUGCCAGACAAAAACAAUCCCCUUUGACUGUAAUUUUGUCACAAAAAUGAACACGUUGAAUCACACGAUGGAUUCUCGAAGGGCAUUUUCUCCAUACUGUAAAAAGGUAAACAAACACAACCAGUGUGCAGACAGGGCUGUUGUGUUGACGGACAAGGGGAUCUAUAAACUCGACCCGAAGAAAAAGUAUAAGCCGAUGAGAGCAAUUAUACCAUUCCAAGAGUUGUCGGGAUUAACGAUUAGUCCAGAUGCGGACCAGUUAAUUGUGUUUCACCUGACUGAUGGCAAUGACCUUGUUGUGUGUUUACAUACACCUAGUAAAGAGGAGAGAGUGGGUGAAGUUGUAGGAAUAUUGGCAAGACAGUGGCAGAGAAAUCACAGACAACUACAGGUAACAGUCAGUAAACAGCCCAAGUGUAACCUAGGCAACAAGUCACGGCAGCUUGUUAUCAAGUCAACUGCUGCAAACGGAGGACCAGUUUUUAAGAAAGAUGGUCCAGCACUUGCUCUCAUGUGGCCAGCUGCAUAGGCCUUUUAUAGAACAAAUUAUACCAGAAUCUAAUUUGAAAAUAGAAAAACUGAUGGCUGGUCCCUAGCAGUUAUGUGGCUAUUUCCAUAGAAUAAGCCAGUGCUCAUUAAAUAGGAAAUGUAAAAAUGAGAAAAUGGAUUCUUUUAGUUUAAACUGGCUUUGGAAUAACUAACAGCUUAAUUCCUAGUUUUCAUGUUACAAACACAUUCCUGUUAACAUGAAGCGGAGAAAAAAAACAGGUGACCAAUAUUGGUUAAAAGGAUGGUCCCCAGGUUUGGCCAAUGUCACUACAGCGAGAUGUGAAAAAAUACAGGGAACAAAUGUUGGUUAAGAGGAUGGUUUCCUGAUUGGCAAACACACACAUAUAGCCUACCACAUCAGGAUGGUCUCGUGGUCAAUAUUUUAGUCAUUGUUAGGCUAGUAAGAUACAGUUUUAAUAACGAGUAAAAUGUUUGUUGAAAAUACCUUGUAUUUUGUUACAUAAAUGUCUUCAUUAUAUAUGUAUAAGCAGUAAAGAUUUAUAAAUAUGUUGUAAAUAAAACUGGACUAGCUACUGAUAAUGACUAGUUCAAACAAUUGCCUUGAAAAAAGGGGGUGUGUGUGGUGGGGAGGGGGGCAAAUAUUCCAUUAUUUUAUUACUUAUUACAGUGUAAUACUUGUAUGAGACUGAUUGUGAACUGCCUUUUCUUCAUAGCUUAAAGUCGCAUAAGGGGUUCUUAAACUAGCGUGUAUAAUCUUUAAACCACUGUGAUCUUUUAACAGAUUUUUACAGUUGCAUGUUGAAAAUACAGGAAUGAGGCAGUUUUGACUGCAAGAUGAAACAGAUAUAAGUUAAGAAACAUAUCAUAACAUAAUGCAUGCCUUAAUGAUAUUGUAUGCAAGCUAUGUUUAUAUUGUAUCUAUUUUAUAUAUGUCUUUGUAUACACGGUUAAGUAGAAAUUAAUGUAUGACUUUUAUUUAUGCAGUUACCAGGGCCAGAUCUAGGAUUUUAAAUAAAAGGGGCACACAGUUUCAAAGGGGGUUGUGGGGGUGGGAUGUUUUUGGUAUGUGUAGUCUGGAAUAUAUUUGACAUAAUUUGAGCAUGGAUAUAUGACAUAAUGGCAUCUUAAAAUUUGUAAAUUUUGACAAAGUUAAUAGCUUUUUAAUUACUGCAAUUAAAAAUACUAUUGAUAUAAAAGUUUUGGGCAUAAAGAGAGCUGAAAGUUUUCUCUGAAAUGAUUGAAUACUCUUCGGCUAUGGAAAAUGUAUGCUUGCCGGAUUUAAAGAGAUAAGGAGCUCUGCCUGCACCCACUUUUGGAUUUGUCCUUGGUUACAGUAGUUGGAAGAACACCACUCUGUAUGUCAGCAUGUUCCCUACUGUAUAACUGAUUAUUUUUGGGAGUGAAAAUUUUGGUGGUUCAAGGGUAAACUCAUUUUUGCAAAUUUAAUUUUUGCAUUUGUGUUUCUUUCUUCUUGAAUCAAAUUAUAUAUUAACUACAACAAUGUAAAUAAAAGCAAUAAAAUUUGAGUUAGUAAGAAAAACAAAAUGUCAUUACGCUCAGCUUGCUGUACCAAAUAAAUUUCUGAUUGAAUAAAAUUUAAUAUGUGUACGUGAGAAAAGGCAUUAAAUCUGAUGAACUGUUGGUAACCACACUACUUGUGUAUAAUUAUGUACAUGUACUAUUUUGAACACUGAUUUUGAAUGCUUUCGAAAUUUGGUACAAGUAGUUGUUACAAGUUUUCAUGUGGUCAUGGAUAUCCUGACUGCAUAAGGAAAUUGAUCUCUUUGUUUUCACAAGUACAGUUUGGAAAUUAAGAAAAGAACCACUUCAAUGCAUUUCAUAAACAUGCAGUUAUUCAUGAAAUCCUCAGUUGCUACAGGAUAUAUGUCAAGUUCAUCAACUUUAAAAAAAAUUAUGUGCUACAUAGCUUAUAUUUGUAAAUUAAAUUUAAUUUACAUUAAAUUUAGUUGCCUUACAUAAAAUCAUGUUGACAUAUAUAUUAUACAAUGUAUGUAAGAUAUCCGCACUAUGUAUGCCAUUAAAAACGCAAGUUCAUAGCAUAAGCAAGUUCCAGUUUCUAUGACCUUUUUCUGGGGUUGUUUUUAUUUGUAUAAAAACAGACCUUAUUUCAUCUCCAUCAUAUGUAUAAUUGGAUAAAUGGUGGGUUGUUAGACAGUAGUAUGUAAGGAUUUGCUUUUGAAGUUUAUAAUCCAUCUAGCAUCCAUAAUUUCUGUGUAGCACGAAAUUUUGGUUCCUGUUUGUGUUAAAUAUAUUUGUAUGCCGUAUUUUAAUGUGUAUUUAUGGGGGAUGUGGGGGACCUAUACACAGUACAUGUAUAUAACCAGUGUUCCAUGUUUUCUUGCCCAUCAUAAUGUGAUUGUACCAAGGUUGCUUGUAUCAACCCUUAUCAUGCUGGACACAAUUGAUUCUGCCUUUGCGCGGAUGCGCAGGCUGGUCUGGAUCCAUGCUGGUCGCAAACCCACUAUGUUGGUUUUCUCAUGGCACGGCUCAUAUUGUGAAAUCAUUUAAGCUUGUGGGCGUGGAAUUGCGUGGCUUUGGUCAAAGUUAGUUUCUUUGGAUAAAGAUUUUAGGAUUUCAGCCUUCGAACAUAAAAUGAAUGGGCAUUUUAGUUUUUCUUUUGGAUUUAAUUUUGUGGAUUGGAUCAACCAUGAAAUCUGCAAAAAUUAAUCUGCCCAAGAAUAUGACUAUUUCACAGUAUGUGUGUAAUUGUGUUAUAAUAGAGAUACAAAGCAAUCAGGUCCAAACAUAGCUGUAUAAAUGUACUAGGGAGAUGUUGUGAUAGAGCUGGUAGAUCUGAAAUAAAUCUUAGCAUAAUCACUUCUUUGUGUUAUCUUGGAGCUACAUCAUGUCAAAAUGUACCUUGUUAAAAUAUAUUUGUAAUUUAUGAAAAUUUAUUUUUUCAUUUCCUUUCCUUUAAAUUACCCUACCAAUUCAGCUUUGACAUAAAUGCUACAUCUUAACUGAAAUGAUAAAAGUAUGUGCAAUAUAUAUGUGUUGCAGGCAAUAUGUCUUAUCAUGUUAAUAUUGUACAAUUGCUUUGUUUCUGUUAAAACGUCACAUUUUGAACAAGAUCAUUUUUUUUGACGUUUGCUUAUGCCUUUCUGUAGGAAAGCGAACAGCAUGGAUCCUGACCAGAUUGCGCGGAUGCGCAGGCUGGUCUGGAUCAAUGCUGGUCACAAAUGCACUAUGUUGGUUUUCUGAUGACGUGGCUCAGAUGUUUGUUUUGUAUCAAAAAUCAGUACUUGUGAGAAAUAGGUAGUUUACAAACCUGUACUAUUAAUUAUUAAUAACAUACCGGAUUGAAAUGGAGAAAUGUUUGACGACACGUCUUAUUAAUUAACAUGUAUGAAUUUUUAUAGGGAAGGGCUAAUGGCCAUUUUACCGUUUUUGUGGAUGUAAUAUAUAUUUUACUGCCUGUCACAAACCUUUGACUUAUAGAACUUAAUUUGCCCCAGUUAAUUAGAGUGUGUGAAAUUUAACAGGUAAUUAAAAUUUGCUUCAGGUUUGGUUUAAGUAUGUUUAGAUUUUUUUUUAGUCCUGCCUACUCUGGGUUUCUUGCUUCUGCAUGAAAUCUUUAAACUUCAGUUUUAUUGGUUGAUAUCACCUGAAAUCAUUUUCAGUUUGGGAUAUAGAUUUUUUUUAGUCUUGCAUGCUUUGUUGACAAAUAAAACAUGGUUUUGAGUUCAGAUGCAUACUAAUCUUAUCACAAAGGCCUGAAUGAUGAAUUACAAAGCAUCUGAACGAAAAAACAUGUUUUAUUUGCCAACAAAGCAUGCAGAACUAAAAUCUAUUUUCAUUCUAACAGGUUCAAAUUACACCAGGAAGGGAUACUUAUCUGGACUCCUUUUUUAGGCGGAAUAGCCAAAAGUAGGUCAUUUUGCAAACAUGUUUUAAUCGAUAAGGCAAUACAUGGUAAAAUUCCUUAUUUGUUUAUAUAUUAAAAGUGUUAAGAGUGCUGAUUAAAUCACUCCUUUUACAGAGACGAACAUCAUUCAGUUAUACAAUAUAUAUGAUAGUUUAUAAAAAUACUAUACAUGUAUAUUUUAUAUCUUGGUUAGAUAGCACAGUUCUUGUCACAUAUCAAAGGCAAGCGUUAUCCUUAUUUCUUCUUAGUUGUACUGCUAACAAUGUACACUGAUCAAAAAUGUUGUGUACAAAAAUUACUAAAUAAAAUUGCAAUCUUUCUGUAAUUUCUUGGUACACUUUUAGAGGUUGAAACGGAGAACUUCUGUAACUUGUUCUUUAAGCUCAGUGAUUUAUGACAAUUUUCCGUUCAGCCAUUGUAUUUGUAUUUCAUGUUCCCAAAUAAUCAAGUGAUAAAUUUACAAUGCUUCUACUAUAUCCUCGUGCCUUUGUACAUGUAUGCUUGUUUAUAUACUGCUCACUGUUAUUUAAGACUAUAUACAUGACAUUGUGUAUACAUAUCCAGCUUUCUGUAUUUUUGUGUUCAGGACAUGCCUUGUAUCACUGUGUACAUGUACGUGACAUGCCUUGUAUCACUGUGUACAUAUACGUGACAUGCCUUGUAUCACUGUGUACAUGUACAUGACAUGCCUUGUAUCACUGUAUACAUGUACAUAUCUUACACUUGUUUUUCGUGUUUUUAGUCAUUGUUAUGAAUUUUUUAGUACUUUAUAAUUAUAUAAUUAGGUGUACAUUUUUGGAACUAGAUCCUUAGUGAGUUCUUUAUGCUGAAUACUUUAUCGUAUAGUAAUUGCACAUAUUUUCACUUUAUUUUUGUAUCACUAAUGGCAAGGGGAAGUAGAAUGCUAGCAGCAAUAUGGAUAUAGAUUGUCAUUUCAUAGCUACAGGGAACACUUGUUUUUAAUGGCAAUAGGAAGUAGAAUGUUAGCUGCAAAUUUGGUUAAGAUUGUUAUUUUUGGCUACAGGGAACACUUGUUUUUAUGCCCCCGAAGGGAGGCAUAUUAGUUUUCAACUGUCUGUCAGUUAGUUCGUUAGUCACAAUGUUAAUUUUUUGCAUGAAGGCACUUUACUCGCGAACCACUGCACCCAGGACCUUCAAACUUCACGUGCUGAUAGUACUUAUUGAGUAUAUCACCCUUACUGACUUUGGGGUCACCAGGUCAAAGGUAACGGUCACAGGGGCCAACGUUAACUUUUUGCAUGAAGGCACUUUACUCACGAACCACUGCACCCAGGACCUUCAAACUUCACUGCUGAUAGUACUUAUUGAGUACAUCACUCCUACUGACUUUGGGGUCCCCAGGUCAAAGGUCAAGGUCACAGGGGCCAACGUUAACUUUUUGCAUGAAGGCACUUUACUCGCAAACCACUGCACCCAGGACCUUCAAACUUCACAUGCUGAUAGUACUUAUUGAGUACACCACUCCUAUUGACUUUGGGAUCACCAGGUCAAAGGUCAAGGUCACAGGGGCUAACGUUAACUUUUUGCAUGAAGACACUGUUCUCGCGAACCACUGCACCCAGGACCUUCAAACUUCACAUGCUGAUAGUACUUAUUGAGUACACCACCCCUACUGACUUUGGGGUCACCAGGUCAAAGGUCACGGUCACAGGGGCCAACAUUAACUUUUUGCAUGAAGGCACUUUACUCGCGAACCAUUGCACCCAGGACCUUCAGACUUCACAGGCUGAUAGUACUUAUUGAGUACACCACUCCUAAUGACUUUGGGGUCACCAGGUCAAAGGUCAAGGUCACAGGGCAAGCGUUAACUUUUUGCAUGAAGGCACUUUACUCGCGAACCACUGCACCCAGGACCUUCAAACUUCACAUGCUGAUAGUACUUAUUGAGUACACCACCCCUACUGACUUUGGGGUCACCAGGUCAAAGGUCAAGGUCACAGGGGCCAACGUUAACUUUUUGCAUGAAGGCACUUGACUCACGAAUCACUGCACCCAGGACCUUCAAACUUUACAUGCUGAUAAUACUUUAUGAGUACACCAACCCUACUGACUUUGGGGUCACCAGGUCAAAGGUCAAGGUGCUGUGAGGGCAUUUGUCACCAUUAGUGACAACUCUUGUUUUUAAUGGCAUUAGGAAGUAGAAUGUUAGUAGCAAAUUGAGUUGAGGUUGUCAUUUCAUGGCUACAGGGAACACUUUUUUUCAUGGCAAUAGCAAGUAGAAGGUUAGCAGCAAAUUAGGUUAAGAUUGUUAUUUCAUGGCUACAGGGAACACUUACCUUCUUAAUGGCAAGGAAAAGUAGAAUGCUAGCAGCAAAUUGGGUAUAGAUUGUUAUUUCAUGGCCACAGGAAACACUUUUGUGAUGCAGAUCAUGUAUUCUUGCCAGGUAAAGGAUGUAGAUUUUAGUUUAAAUAGGCUUGCUUGUAUUGCUUGCUAAUGGACCACUAUCAAACUUAAACACUGCACAUUUUACUUUAAAGAUACUGAUGUGUUAUGCUCUUCCCUAAAACUUUAGAUAGAGAGUUUACAUAUCCAUAGACUCCAUAUUUACAUUUAAUUGAGUUUUCUGAUUAGUUCCUUUUAACAGAAUAUUCCUAUCUGAAAGCUUGGUUUUGUUACCAUAGGAACACAUAAACAUUGUCAAUGGGCAUAGUUCCAGGUAGGCACUGAAUGCCUAGGCCUGCACAUAAUUUUCAGAUAUAUACAUGUAGUACUUUUAAAACAAUUUUUGUUUAGUCCUAGAUAUGGCUUAAAACGCUCCUGCACGAAUUCUAGACAAAAAAAUCCUGUGGUCCGUACCCUUGGACCUUCCUAAAAUGUCAAGCCUGCAGAUAUAUUCUGUUCUAGAUACAUUUUUUUCUCAAAAGCAUGCAGUCAUUAGAUGAAUCAAAAUAUCAGUGAUAGCUAGUUAUUAAUGAGCUUUUGCUAGGUUUAACUUUGGCUUUUUUUGACAAUCACAUUUUCUUUUUGCAAUACAAGUUUUUUUUUCAAACUGUAAUGCUUUACGUUUAUAUUUGUGUUCGAAAAUAUGUUUAUAUCAGAGUUUAGGACCAUACAUUUAUAUAAAUGUUAAGAACUAUACAUUAAUAACAGUGUUUUAAACUACCGGUAUAUGUUUAUAUAAGUGGUUAGGAUCAUACGUUUUUAUUGAUGUUUAGGAACAUUAGUGUUCAGAACUAUACAUUUAUAUGUGUUUAAGAAUUUUCAACUGGAAUUUAUUACAGAUCUUUUUUUCACUUUGGGUUCAGUAUUUAUAAUUCUUAACUGUGUUGUUGGAAUGUUGUUUUAAUUUUCAGAUAUAUGGUGUUGAGAACAUAAGAAAGAUCAAAUGUUUAGGGUCUGAUUGCACCCUUGCCAUAUUUUGAAAAGUUACUUUGUUUUAUAUCUAUAAGUGUCUUAAGAUAAAUGGUCUUCCGCUUCUAUUUCUACAAACUGAAGUCCAGUGAUCUUGGAAGAUUGUUUAAACACUUUCUACGUUACAUAGACAAGCAGUGAAAUGAAAUUCAAAAAGUUCUUUUAUAUGACAGCUUCACCAUAGGGGAAAUAAAAUGCUUUUAGGAUUUCUUUUUUGCAAUUUUGAAUAUACUUGGCUGAGUUAGGAAAUUUUAAUGCAAAUUUUGUGUGUAAUUCUUCUGAUAUAUCGAAGUAUACAUCUAUGGCUAGGUUCCAUUUUAUACAUAUACAAUAUACUUAGCUUUGUUAUUUAAGGAAUUGUUAAAUAUAUGAUGUAUUUUAUUUGUAAAAUAAAAGUUAAAACGCA